GCCGUCUUACAAACCGAAAGUGUUUCUCAUUUGUAGGUAGUGAAAUUCGUCUUUAACAAUUGCAAGUAGUUCAGCAAAAAGCUUCUUUGAGAUAUGGGGUCGAAGACUCUUCCUCAUGUAGAUGAGAAGGUCAACACGUCACAAGAAACAUCAAGAAAGAGGUCUUAUCCCAGUAAAAAGAAAGUCCCCAAGAGAGUUCACAAGGCUGAAAGAGAGAAAAUGAAGCGUGAACAUUUGAAUGAACUCUUUCUUGGUCUUGCCGAUGCACUUGGGGUAACAGACCUUAAUGAACAGAGCAAUGGAAAAGCUUCUACAUUGAAUGAAGCUAUCAGAUUGUCGAAAUACUUGCUCGGUCAAAUCGAGUCCCUAAAAAAGGAUAAUGCAUCUCUGAUAUCUGAAACUCAUUAUGUGACUAUGGAGAAGAAUGAGGUGGUGGAGGAGAAUUUUGCUCUAAAAUCUCAAAUUGAGAAGCUUAAAGAUGAGAUAAAAGCAAGAGUAGCCCAAUCUAGAGCUGACUUGAAUGUAUCUCCUCACAUGGAACUUGAGCAACUAGAAAAGACAACAAAGUUUUCAGGAGAGAGUUUCCAAUUGUCUACCAUAGAACCUACAUUGCAACAAGGGCAUGCAGUUUUGGUUGUCCCCUUAAGUCAUGAUCACCAAAAUGCUUUAUCAGCUCAUAAUGUUGCUGAGUUGACCCCAAAAUCCACCUCCACUAUCAGUAAACCGCAUGCCAGGUAUCCCACCCCAAUGGAUUCAUGGCCAUUAGAACUGCUUGCUAAGCAACCAACUUCAAGUUAAUAAUAUGCUAAUGUGUAAGGUUACAGGAAUGGAUAUUCUCAUUUGUCUUGUUCAAAUCUUGAAGUCUAACGCAUCAAAUAUGGAAAUGUUUUGUAUAUUCUUCUUCCUCCUACAGAAAUUUGGAAUUUGGGUAAUAGAAAAGAAGUACAAAUAUUUUUUUGUGUUUUU